UACAGCAUUUAACGUUCUUCUUCAGGACAGUGUUCCACGAUUUUUACAUGACAAUUAAUUUAAUUUUCUCCUCCUGCAAAAAUAAAAAUAAAAGAACAAAAUUCCUUUAAAAAAUCCCUCAACCGUUCAUCCAAAUUCCUUUGCAUUUCUCAAAUCCAGUAUUCAAAUCGGCCUCAGUUGGAUCGGUCGAUCAAUCAUUAAUUUUGAUUAAUUGGUCAAUUUAUCAUAUUUUCUGGAUUAAUCGAUCGAUCUAUUGGUGGAACUUUUUUGAUCGAUUAUUGAUAAAUAGUAAGAGAUAUAUCAGAAAGGAUGGAGCAGAGCAAGAGGGCGGUGGAGUCUUACUGGAGGUCGAAGAUGAUAGACGGUGCGACGUCGGAUGAGGACAAGGUUACUCCGGUCUACAAAUUGGAGGAGAUAUGCGAGCUUCUGAGGUCAUCCCACGUCAGCAUCGUUAAGGAAGUCUCCCAAUUUAUCCUCAAACGCCUCCAGCAUAAAUCCCCCAUUGUCAAACAGAAAGCACUUAGGGUGAUCAAAUAUGCAGUGGGAAAGUCAGGGCCAGAGUUCAGAAGGGAGAUGCAGAGGAACUCUGUAGCUGUACGUCAGUUAAUUCAUUACAAGGGAGAGCCAGAUCCUUUGAAAGCUGAUGCAUUGAACAAGGCUGUGCGUGAAACUUCGCAGGAAGCAUUAUCUGCCAUAUUUUCUUCAGAUGACCACAAGCCUGCACCUGCAGAGAAUAGUAUUGGUAGCCGUAUACAGGGUUUCGGGAAUACCAACUUUGAAAUGCCAUCAGAAGAUAAGAAGACCUUCCUUAGUGAGAUGGUUGAUAUUGGAAGUUCUACUAUCAAGCAGGGUUUAAGUAAUUUAGCACAAUCUCCAUCCCUCAAAAAGAGUAUUGAGACUGGGAGUUACAGGAGCCCAAAUCUUCGGAGAUCAUUGACUAGGGAAAACGAUAACUCUGAUCGAUAUGAAGGAAUUGGCUCUUAUGGUGAAACUCAGAGCAGCGUGCGUGUCUUGAAAAAUGUUGGUUCUGGAAAUUGGGGUUCAGAUUUCAGUGCAUCCCAGGCAGAAACAACUAAUGGCAAUUCUCAUUUAGGUUACGGUGAAAAGACUCGUGAGGAGAAAUUGUUAGAGACCAUUGUGACGUCUGGUGGUGUCCGUCUACAGCCAACUCGAGAUGCACUUCAUGUUUUCCUUGUGGAAGCAUUAAAAUUGGAUGCUUUGUCUUUAGGACAGGCUCUUGAAUCAAAACUUCAAUCACCUCUGUGGCAGGUUUGCAUGAAAGCCAUUUCCGUCCUUGAGGCAAUUUUACGAAAGACAGAUGAUGAACAUUUUUCUGUUAUAGCAUCUUAUUUCAGUGAUAACAAGGAUGUUGUGGUGAAAUGUUCAGAAUCUCCACAAGCAUCUUUGAGGGAGAAAGCAAAUAAGGUGUUGAGUCUUCUGGGUGGUGAACAAGUUGGUAGCGGAGUCCGUCAGCUAGAUAAAUCAAUGAAGGCUGAGACGGUUGCAUUUCCGAUGCCGGAUUUAAUAGAUACUGGUGAUUCCAAUGACCUUCUUGGAGUGCAAAAUUCUACUAAAACGCAGAGUGAUCAAAGAAUUGAAAAUCCGGCAACAUCUGCUGCUCCUCUGAUUGAUGACAUAUUUGGAGACAGUUUCAGAGUCAGUGAAAGCACCACUGAACAUAAAUAUGGUGAUGAUCCUUUUGCAGAUGUCUCGUUUCACACCAAUGACAAUAUGGACCACACACUUGAUCUCUUUUCUGGGAUGACUGUCGAUAAGUCGGGAGCUUCUGAAGCCCAUGUAGCAACUCAUAAAACUGGACCUGAACCAUUUGAUAUUUUAAGUUUUAAUUCCAAAGCUUCCCAGGAUCAAGGUAAUUCUAGAAAAGAUGUUCAUGAUUUGAUGACUGGCUUGUCUAUAAAUGGUAAUGACCCAUUUGCCAAGCAAAGUGGAAGCUCUGCUGAGAAGCAUGCUGGAAAUGUAGGCUCAAAGUCCAAUGAUGUUUUCAACACACUCAAUUCUCAAGCUAAUGGGGUGAAUGCUAAUCCUAUGUUCCCUUUGGGCGCCAUGGCAGAUAAUUUUCCCCCUGGCUUGAUGUUCAAUCCAUCAUUAGUUUCUCAGCCAAUGGAUAACAGUGCCAUGGGUAAUCUUUUCACUCAGCAACAGUUUCUCGCGACAAUGUCCAACUUUCAGCAUCUAGGGAACCUGCAAACAAGUGCAAGUGUUAGCAAUGCGGCUGGAUAUAACGGAGGGUUUUCUUCACCCUUUCCAGAUAUUUUUAAUCCUAGUACUGCUACUCCAGUUCCAUCCUCCAUAAUGAAUGGUUCAAAGAAAGAGGAGACUAAAGCAUUUGAUUUUAUCUCGGACCAUCUGACUGCAGCUCGCGAUCCAAAGCGGAUGGUUUGAGUUUUAUUUCUCAUUAGUCCUGAUUCUCCCAUGAAAGCACUUUUUUACUAUGGAAGCAUAGACCUUGAAGCAAAAAGGAGUAGAUUUUCUUUGAAAGAAAUGUUCUAUUGGGUAAGUUAAAGAUUUAUGUUUUUCGGAAAUUGCAUAUCGACUUAGAGGAUGAGGCAGUGUUCAUAAUUGUGGUUUCUUGUAAUAAAAUGUAGAUCUCUGUAAUGAUUUUGAUUUGCUCAACGUGCUUCACUAGAUUUAUUCCAAGUUUUGUAUUAGACUUUCAAAUUUGUUGUUGCAACUGUUCUUCAAGGACCAGUGAAGAAGGUAAUUACUGAAUAUGGGUCUUCCUUGGAAUC